AUGCACCUGCGGGGCGGGGAUUCGAGCACUUGCAUAGGAGGCUUUCUCUUUGGUUAUGGUGCUGCCAUCACUUUACAACCACUUCAAGAGCAAUAUGGACCUGGUACAUUGUUGGAGGCGCUACGUACAUUGGCAGCUAUCUUUGGUGGUGGUCUAGGUGCUGGCAUCGUUGUCAAUGGUGAUUCCCUCCGCUGCUGGACGCUUCGAGGUCAAUUAUCCACCAUCAUGGUCACGUGGUCGCCUAUCUCAUCAAUAUCACCUUUGCAAAAGUGGACGGCGGAUGGUCUGGCUGCAUUGCCUGCUAUCUUUCAAUGCUUUGCUCUUGCAUUGCCAACGGGGAAACAUGACGAUCACAAGCCAUUGAUGCAGCGUCAGAGGGAUUCAUCGAUCAAGAAGUAUCCAGCAUACAAGAAAGUAUCAAGCAAGAGGGUGAAGGUGUAUCAAUCAGGUGAAUCGGCGGCCUUUAUAUAUCGCAUGCGUUCUACAAGCAGCUCAACAACUCUCGGGGUUCAAUACGGCGAUCUAUUAUGCAGAUGUCUGGUUUUCGUGAUCAUGGCGACUCCACCACCGUUGCUUCCACCAACAUCAUCUUUACUGCUACAAGACCAUUGA